GGUGGGCAUGGCGGCCAUGAGGUGAGGGAGAGGAUGUCGCUCGUCUGCUGCCAUGCUGCGAGGGCUGCGGCGGCGGUGGGACUCCUACAAGUACCGCUUCGUGCCUUGGCUGGCCCUCAACCUCCGCCGCAAGCGCAGGACCCUCAGAUAUGUUCCCGAAAGCUCCCAAGACAAGAUUAUCUCUGAUGAAGAUGUCUUUGAAACACUACUGAAGAUAUUCAAAGCUCUGUUCCUAAAUGACUUCAGUAGACAAGCACAUAUUUUGGCCUUUCUUCCAGAAAUCAAACAUAAAUACCUGGAGUUACUGGCUGUGGAACAGAAGCUAUCAAAAGUACACUCAUGUAACCAUCUAAGUCAACAUGUGUUUAGUCCAGAGGAAGUUCUGUUUAAUACACUAGGGUUCAUGGUUAGUAGGGACCAAAGUUCCCUGGUGUCUGCUGGAACUGGAGUCUUUGUUACCAAAGGUUUUGUACCAAAGGGGACGGUUGUAUCUAUGUAUCCUGGUACAGUAUACAGAAAGCAUGAGCCCAUUUUCCAGUCCCUUGGCAAUCCCUUUAUUUUUAGGUGCAUAGAUGGUGUCCUUAUUGAUGGGAAUGAUAAAGGACUAUCAAGAUCAGUGUACAGGUCUUGCUGCAGAAGAGACCAGCUUGGCCCGUUUCAAAUGAGCGAUGAGAGCUGGCUCACAGCUGCCCUGCAGAACCCACUGGCAGUGGGACAGUAUGUCAACAACUGCUCACAUGAAAAAGCAGCCAACGUGUGUUAUCAGGAGUUUGAUGUGCCAGCGUAUUUUCCAGUAGAACUGAAACAGUAUCUUCCAAACAUUGUCUACAGCCAUGACAUAGAGAGCCUCCUGCGGUGCGUUGUGCUUGUCACUCUGAGAGACAUCAAGCAAGGAGAAGAACUUUUUUCCAAUUACUACACUGUUGUCAGCUGAGUUAAUAAAUUCAAGCCUGUGUCAUUAAAAUA